AUGGUAGCGCUGUUCUGCAAUCAGAAGUUGGAGGAAUAUCAUGUUCUUUUGUAUCGACACAGACCUGUCUUGCUGGCGUUUUGUGUUUUGAACUUAGGAUUUGCAGUCCUAACAACCGUGGAAAAUGUCCUCGUCAUUCACGCUCUCCGGAGUUCUUCAACGUUACCCGGUAACUUAAAGAAGAUGUUUCUAAGUCUCGCUUUCUCUGACUUUGCUGUGGGAUUGCUGGGGCAGUCGAUGUUGGGAAUUAUUACAGCGACUAUGUUGAAAACGACAGCGAAUGGAAACUAUGACCUCGAUUUCUUAUGCCCAACAUUAAUAACUGUCUGUUAUUCUGUGAUAUAUUUUCUCACCUGUGUGUCAUUCUUCUCCAUAAUAGCGAUAGCUGUUGACAGACUUCUUGUCAUUUUUCUCCACUUGCGAUAUCAUGAACUAGUUACCUCAAAACGUGUUAUUUUCACCUUCGCGUCCUUAUGGAUGGCAUGUGGUGUGGCUACCUUCAUAUUCACGCAACUACCCAACCAUCAAAUAAUUUUUGUCGCAGUUAUUGAAAUCUGCGGACUUCUCGUAGCAACUGCAGCCUACAUCUACAUCUACAGGGUUAUAAGAUCUCUGACUACAGUACAUCCUCAAAGAGAACAUCAACUACACAAUCACGUACAGAAUAGGAGCAGGGAGAGGAAGUCCGCAUCUAGCGCUUUCCUAGUGUAUAUUGUUUUCCUUGCUUGCUUUCUACCCAAUUUUUGCUGUAUAAUGCUGAUGACAAGUAAUAGAUCUAAGGUGUCUUUUAUACUAGCCAAUCAUAUCUCAGGUUUUUUGGUUCUACUAAAUUCUUCACUUAACCCACUAAUAUACUGCUGGCGAUAUCAAGAAAUUCGUCAAAUAGUGAAAAAUUCACUCAAGAAAUUGUUAUUUAUUAGGUAA